AUGGAACAGUAUUUAAAUCUAGUGUGGAAAAACUACACGGCGUCACUCGGACGAAAUUAUGACGAUGAAAAUCUCUCGGGUGAUCAAGACGACAACACGGAUGCAUUUGCUAGCACGGAAUUACACUAUACAAUUCCAUUCUAUAUCGGUGUAAUUGUGAUCGGCUGCUUGUGUCUAUCGGCACUUGUUGCAUCUAUACGUUAUUGUUUUCAUACCUUAUGUGCAUCUCAUCACGAAACAGAAAAAUUAGCGUUGGUGUCGCCAAGAUCACCUUGUUUGACAAGUGCCGCUAAUACCAUUCAACGUCAACGACACCAAUUAUCAAAUACUUUGUCUCGUCAUCCGUCAGAUGAAAAAGAAAAACUCCCAGCGAAGACGUUUCACGACGAUUUCAGCGAUCAUCGUCCAGAUAUAUCAAUCGGACCACUUGUUCGUCAACAUUCUCGAUCGCAUUUUACUCCGACACAUUCACUAGCACGACAACACCUUGCAGUAACUGGUUCGGAUGACAUUGACCAUCAUCAUCAUGAAAUUCCUUCAAAUCAAACGCCACGCUCUCGUGCACCUGUGGAUUUCCGAAAAAAAGUUCAUGGCAUCUAUAUUCUUCCUGUUUCACCUGCUCUUUCAUCAUCAUCGUCAACGACUAAUACAGAUGAUAUCAUAAAAAACUCUUCGAAUACAAUGCCAAUUCGAUCUAUAAGACAUCUCGCCUCGACUAUGAAUGUUCACAACGAUUCUUCGUGUCGUGGUAUUAAAAACGAUUGCUUUGCCGAUUCGCCACAACCGAAAGAUCGAACAUUACCUCGUUCUCAUGCUGGCACAUUGAGACGUGUUCAACCACCUAUAGAACCUCCGCCACUGCCACCCACUAUCCCUCAAAUUCAUUUUAACGAUAUUCGGUCAUCAAGUAUCUCCAUAAAAGACAAAUCAUCAUUCCAACAUCAAUCUGUUACCAUGGGUCUCGAUCCCGAUACAAUCGCUCUUCGUUUCGCUAGUCAAAAAAUCUAUGGUGCAAUCGAAGAAAAUCAAUUGAAAAAAGCCCCACCACCACCUGUUCCAUGUCGAUCGCAGAAGCCAACAAUGCUACCAAUUGGUUUCGAGAGCUUAUCAGCACAAUCAAAUGACGUUCUCGGCUUUCGAGUGAUGAUGGAACCAUCGCCACAAGACGAUGGCUCUGAACAUACUUGGCCAAAACCACCUGAAUCAAUGACAACAUCGGAAAUCAGCGUACCACCACAACCUCUUCCACCUUCGAUACCCUACGAUCGUUUACAUCAUGACCAUUUGAUUCCGACGGUACUUAUGCGCCAGAAUAGCACAACUAACUUUUUUCAACAUCAUCGCUUUGGUGACCAUACAAUGUUGACUGAAUCCGAAACGUGA